AAUGGUGACUAGCUAUUUAUUUAUUUGAUUUAGCUGUUUUGUUUUGUUUUUUUUCGUUCAUUUUGUUUUGCAUAUGACAUUUAUCUGAGAGAAAAGACAAGAAAAAAGUUCAGUUUUUACAUUAAAAUGGCCAUUAGAAUCGUUUUGUUGGCCAUUUUAAUAAUGGCCAUAAUAUUGAUUUUAAUGAAUCCAAUGUUUAUCAUAGCAUCUAUUGUUCCACAGAUUUCAUCAUCAUCAUCAACAUCAUCAUCAUUACCACAAUCAUCAAUAUCAACGAUACAAUUACAACAACAACAAUCACCAUUAUCAUUAUCAUUGAUUGAUCAUGUACGUCCAAGAGAUUUGGAUGAAAUAAUGUCAAAAUAUGGUAGUUAUUUACAACGAUCAAGAUUAGUUACAUCAUCAUCAUCAUCAUCGACAACAUCAUCACCAUCAUCAACAACAACAACAACAACAACUGUUUCAUUGAAUCCAACAAUAUCAACAAUUUUACAGAAUCGACUUGUACAAACACCGUUAACAAAUCAACAACAAUUACAGCCGCAACAACAACAAGAUCCACAAUUAUAUAAUGGUUAUUCUCAACAACAACAACAACAACAACGAUUUAAUCGUGAUAAUAUUGGCCGUUCAGGUAUGGCUGUUGUUGGUAAUAAUAAUAAUAAUAAUGGUGGUAGUGGCGGUGGCAAUGGUGGUAGUACUGUUUUUGUACAAGAUACAGGAAAAAUAGAAUUAUCUAUUCAUCAUGAUCAAGAUCAAGAUAUUUUAAAUACAAGUUUAGAUAAUCAAAAUAUACAUUAUGGAAUACAAGAUGAAUCAUUAUUACAAAUGAAUGAUCAACAACAAUUACAUUUACCAUCAUCAUCAUCAUCAUCAGAAUCAUCAACAGUAAAUCGAAGACAAGAAUCGAUAAAAAAUCCAACUAUAUCAUCAUCACCAUCAUCUCAAUUGGUGGCUGGACAAUCACCAUCAUCAUCAUCAUCAUCAUCAUCAUCGCCAGCAUCGUCAACAUCGGAAUCAUCAACAGUGAUAAAUAAUAAUAAUAAUAAUAAUAAUCAUUUAAAUACGGCAACCAUAUCGGAUAUGUUUAUAUCGAUUGAUGGACGAUUACAAAAAUUACAAGAUCAAAUGAUUUAUCAUCGUUCAAUGAAUAAUUAUGGUCUUAGUUCACCAUCGUCAACAUUUCCAAGUUAUUUGAAUAUGAUGAAAACACAAUUUUUAAGUAUGGAAAAUUUAGUUGAAAGUAAAUUAUCAACAAUUGAAAAUAAAUUUUCAAAUAUUGUUAUUGAAGAUGAAAUAUGGAAAAAAACAAUUAAUUGGAAAGUUGAAGAAAUCCUUUCAAAGAUAUCACAGUCCGAAAAUAAAGUAACAUUCAGUAAUGAACAGAUUAUUAAUAAAUUGGAUUUGAUUGAAAGAAAUUUUAAAGUUAUAACAAAUGAUUUAUUUUCUAAAUUUUUAUUGGUUAAUGAAAAAUUAAAUAUGAUCGAAUUGAAUAUACAGAAUAAAUUGAAUGAUUUUGAAACAAAAAUCCGUAAAACAUUUGAUUAUCAACAUAAAUUGGUCGAUUUAUUUAAACAAGAUUAUAACAAUAAUAACCAGAAUAACAAUCAUGGUUCAUCAACAUCCGAAUCAUCAUCUGGUUCAAAUACUAAUAAUAAUAAUAAUAAUAAUCAGCCACAAGUAACAACAUCACAACAGCCAAGAUUUAAUCGUAAUAAUAAUAAUAAUGGUGAUGAUAAUUAUUUAUCAAAAAAUUUACCAAUUACAUCAUCAACGGAUACAUUGAAUGAUUCAGGACAACAACAACAACAACAACAAGAAUCAUUUGAAAAUGGUUUGAAUUGGACAAAUCAACAACAACAAGAAAAAUUUGAAUUUGAUAAGAUUUAUAUGGAAACAACAAAUGAACAGCAACAACAACUGCAACAACCGGUGGAUAAAAUACAUGAAUCAGAUCAUCGAACAUCAUCAAUGGAUUUAUCAUCAUCAUCAUCCGAACAAUCAAUAAUAACAAAUAAUGGACGUAGUAGUAUAACAAGGGAUGAAUUAAUUGCACAAUGUGAACCAAUAUUUCAACGUUGGAAACAGAAUAAAUUCAAAUCAGAUGAUGCACAUCAAUUGAUUAUUUGUAAACAAUUAUUAACAUCAUUAGAAAAUGGUGAUUUUAUUCGUAAUGAUGAUCAACAAUAUGGUCAUAAUUAUCAUUCACAACAACAACAACAACAACAAUAUUCAUAUCGAGAUCGUCUCGAAAAACGAAAUUCACAACAACAAGAUUUAGAUCCAGAAUCAAUAAUGAUGAUGGCUAAUGAUAAACAACAACAACAACAGACAAAAAUUCGUACAAAAGAAACUAUUGAAAAUAAUAAAAUGGAUGAUAUUAUUAAUCUACCAAAUGGUAAUAAUAAUGAUCAUAAUGGUCAUCAUAAUAAAAAAUUAACACUUGAAGAAUUGGAUAGUAAAUUACAAUAUUUUGCAACAAAAAUCAUUAAAAUUGUACAGGAAAUGUGGCAUUCAUCACAAACAUCACAACAAUAUUUAUUUGAAACAUUAAAUGUUGCUAAUGAAACAAAAGAAAUUAUUCGUGAAGAAUUUAAACGAUUAAAUAAUUAUGUUAAACCAUUGAAUUUAUUGGCCGGUAUGACUGAUGAUAUUCGUGAUCCAAUUAUGACACGUUUAAAAGAAAUGUCAACAGCUAUUAAUAAUUCGGUUGCUGUUAUUCUGAAUACACAAUCACAAUAUAUGAUGCGACAAGAUGAUCAAGCAUAUAAAAUAUUGACCAUUUCAGUAGGAGAAUUACGUAAUCAUUCAACAAUUGUUAGCCGAAAAGUACAAGAACAAGGUGUACAAAUUAAUCAAAAAUUUGAUCAAAUUUAUAAAGGUUUAAAUCAAAUUGGACGUAAAACAAUCGAAACUGUUGGCCAUCAAUUAUUGGAUAUAGUAAAAAAAGAGAUGCAUACAAUCAAAUCAAUAUUAUCCGAACGUAGUAAGAUUAGUGUUAAUGAAUUAGAUUUAGAUAGUCCAAAAUCAUUAUCACAAAAUCAAUGUAAAAAUGAUUGUUUUAUUAGUCGUCAAGAGAUUGAUAAUCUUUGUUAUAAUAUUGAAAGUAAACCAUAUCAUUUUCGUUCUGAAUCACCAAUAUUACAGCCAUCAUUAACAAUAACAACAACACAACGUGAAUCAACAACAGCAACAAUGGGUAAUGUAUCCGGCCAAAAUGAUCAUUUUGAACAUAUUGAUCAUCAUGUACAUGGUAAAAAUUUAACCAAUAUUGUUGAAAUUAAUAAUGGUGGUAAUAAUGGUAAUGAUAAUGAUGAUAAUCAACAAAAUAUGGAAUCUAAUCAAAAUUCUCAAUCAUUACCAUUAUCAGCAUCAGGAUCAUCAUCAUCACAAUCAUCACCAUCAUCAUCAUCAUCAUCAAUGGAUUCAUCAUCAUCGACAUUAUCGAUCGAUGAACAAACACGGCGAAAAUUUAAACGUGCUAUCGAAAUAUAUUUUAAUCGAUAUGAAAAUCAAACACUCGAAUCAAACAAACGAAAAUUAUGAUUUUAUUAACAAAAAAAAAACAAAACAAAAAAAACAAUGUUGAUGAUUUUGAAUCCGGUUUAUGGUG